UUGCUGAGUAUUCAACGCGGGCCCCAUUAUAAUACUCCCAAAGACAAGCUGGUCAUUGUGGCUGCCAAUUAUGAUACUGAAAAAGACGUCCCAGGAGUCGAUGACAAUGGCUCCGGCGUUGCAGCCGUACUGGAAACAGCACGAACUCUGGCGACAUUCGAUAAAGUCUAUGGCCGUCUCAACACCAUUAUUUACGCCUUUUUCGAUAUGAAACACCAGGUACGACAUCACGCAUUCGUCGAAGAGGUUCUGCUACCAUAUCUCGCGCACACAAACACUACUGUAGCUGGUGUACUAAUUCUGGACGGCUUGCUUCAUUUUGACGCCUUUCCCACGUCGCAGGGUGUUCCAAAGGGAUUCGAAGAGAUGUUUCCCACAGCAGCUCGGGAGCUGCAUGAACACCAACACAUGGGUGACUACAUUCAGGUGACUGGACGUGAACGAAAAGACGACGAUGCUCUACAAAUAUUCUUCGACGCAUUCUACCUAUCGACAGCGAAGCUUACUCAGGAUUGGUCAUUUCAACCGUGGCUUUUGUUGCUUCGUCUUCCAAUGCACACAUUAACGUCAGUUGAUGACUACUGGUUUGCAGAUAGUACUUGGUGCCUAUUUCUUCGAGCUCAAGGAAAUCUAAAGAUGUGUUGUGGUACAUUCCUAUUUGCAGUGAAGUUUCGUGGUGUCCGUCAGUACUGCCCGUACUGUGAUAGCCUGUUCAUGUUGACGGAUCCGAAUAUGCGAUUUCUUACCGUUAUCGUGGAGGCGGUGAUUCGAACGGUAAUAUUCCUUAGCGAAUCGGAAGCUCGAACGGUGGUAGACGAUCUGCUCCAGUUCCAGCGGCCGAACAAUUUCGGACUCAAAUCGCUGGACUCUCACGAGGGUGCUAAUCUGAUGCGAUACCCUUGA